GAAAAGCGAACCCAGCCAAGUUUGAAGAUGACCAUCGGCAAGAACUCCAGGAAAAGUUCACUGCGGGGCUCCAUCCGGGCUCCGAAGUUCCUGGACAAAUCUAGCGGCUUCUACGGCCGCUUGGACGAGCCAUGAGACAGAUGAGGUGGAAGACAUGCGAGCGUUGGUCCCAAUGGAGGACGACGGCCAGAUUCUCCUGCGUGCGACACCCAGCCGGUGGAGCAGCGGCAGGUGGCGGAGGAGUUCCAAGAGGUGGCAUAAGCAGAGGAGUUCUCGGCAGGAGUCACACAAAGAUGAGAAGACCAAUCAGGGCACUGCCAGCCAGAUGGAACCGCACGUUCUGGAAGUGGCCAUGAAAGAGAACCUGCCUGUGCACGUCAUGUGCCGAGAGGAUGCUGACGAUGAGGUGUUGAUCCGUGACAAGACAAGGAUGAAAAGGGAACAAGAGGAAGGGAUGAAGGUGGUGAAGAGGAACACGUUGAAAAUGUAUAGCAAGGCUCUGGAUGGAGCUUUUCGCCGAGGCUGGGAGGCGUUCGUGGCCAACAUCUACAGCAUCACACUCACGCCUGUCAAUUUGUCGUCAUCACCGUCAUCCAAAAAGAAACAUCAACACAACUUGGUGUUGGCUGAGUUUCAGUAGAAGCUGAAAUGUUUUGGACUGAUUAUUUGGGAUGCAGUAUUCCCUCUGGAAUGAUGUUUACUUCCCUGUCAGUCACAUGUUUUUCAAGUGUGAGGUUUAUGAAAUGCUGAUUAUUUACUCUGUUUAAUAUUAUCCUUUCAUUUUCUAGCGAUAUCUUCCUACGUCAGAUCCACUUUUUAGAGCUUUCUUGGUUUUAACGCUAUGAAAACACUAAAACGUGUUGAUGUGUUACCAUUGAAAAGCAAUGACUGAUUUGUGGACCGGCUGUUUUGACGUGACUUUAGUGAGUAACAAUUCUUGCUAAUGCUAGAUAAAGCUAAUCAAUAAUUGGGUGAGCGGCACAAAAACACACCCAAAGUAUUUAUUUGUAUAUAAAAACACAGCAACUGUCUUGUAAAACUUCUUAGUGUUUUGCUGAAGGUUCUUUGCUCCAGAGGGGAAAACGUGGAAAUAAACAUGAAAGCGAUAUGUUUGUACUGUCAAAGACCCUCUAUAUUAGUGGUUCUUGUAUGGUGUCACGAUGGGACCCACUUAUGUCAACAGUAGUUAAGUUGCAGUCUACUUCAGUACUUCAAAUGUUUUUUUUUUAUCAACUGUCAUCUUUUUAAACAUUAAUUCACAUAAGGAAUGUAUUAAGGCACAAUGCAUGCAAAUAAUGAGUGAAUUAAAAUUACAUAUCAAAACCUCAGUAAAUAUGACCACAAAACACAAACAUUUUAUUUUUAACAACAGUGAUAUAUUAACAGUAUACAGAUGACUGAAAUAUUUGCUCAAUUUUACGUCACAGUAAUAAAAUAAGUCAGCCAUUGCUGGGUAUUACAUAUUGCAUACAGCCAAACUUUUGGGGCCCAGUUGACAAUUACUGCUAUUAUGGGACUGGGGUCCGUUCGUAUCUCAUACUAAACUUUGAACUGAACUGAACUGAAUUUUAAAAACACCACAAUUGUGUCUUGUAAAUAAUCACUGUAAUUUUAAAUGUUUAAUUCU